AAUGGGAGACAGGUCUGAACUUCAGGUAGGCCAGUCUAGUACCCGCACUCUUUUACUACGAAGCCACGCUGUUGUAACACGUGCAGAAUGUGGUUUGGCAUUGUAUUGCCGAAAUAAGCAGGGGCGUCCAUGAAAGAGACGUUGCUUGGAUGGCAGCAUAUGUUUCUUCAAAACCUGUAUGUACCUUUCUGCAUUAAUGGUGCUUUCACUGAUGUGUAAGUUACCCAUACCAUUGGCACUAACACAGUCCCAUACCAUCACAGAUGGCUUUUGAACUUUGCGUCCAUAACAGUCCGGAUGGUUCUUUUCCUCUUUGGCCCGGAGGACACGACAGCCACAAUUUCCAAAAGCAACUCGUCGGACCACAGAACACUUUUCCACUUUGCAUCAGUCCAUCUUAGAUGAGCUCGGGCCCAGAGAAGCCGGCAGCGUUUCUGGGUGUUGUUGAUAAAUGGCUUUUGCUUUGCAUAGUCGAUUUUCAAAUUGCACUUACGGAUGUAGCGCCGAACUGUAUUUACUGACAUUGGUUUUCUGAAGUGUUCCUGAGCCCAUGUGGUGAUAACCUUUACACAUUGAUGUCGUUUUUUCCUGCAGUGCCGCCUGAGGGAUCGAAGGUCACGGGCAUUCAAUGUUGGUUUUCGGCCUUGCCGCUUACAUGCAGCGAUUUCUCCAGAUUCUCUGAACCUUUUGAUGAUAUGAUGGACCGUAGAUGAUGAAAUCCCGAAAUUCCUUGCAAUUGUACGUUGAGGAACAUUGUCCUUAAACUGUUUUGACUAUUUUCUCACACACUUGUUCACAAAGAGGUGAACCUCGCCCCAUCUUUGCUUGUGAAUGAAUAAGCAAUUCAGGGAAGCUCCUUUUCUACGCAAUCAUGGCACCCACCUGUUCCCAAUGAGCCUGUUCACCUGUGGGAUGUUCCAAACAGGUGUUUGAUGAGCAUUCCUCAACUUUCGCAGUCUUUUUUGCCACCUGUCCCAUCUUUUUUGGAACGUGUUGCAGCCAUAAAAUUCCAAGUUAAUGAUUAUUUGUUAGAAACAAUAAAGUUUAUCAGUUUGAACAUUAAAUAUCUUUUCUUUGUAGUGUAGCAUUUAUUGAGGGACAUCAAAUUGUGCGUAAUUUAGAAGAAAACGAUGAGUUGGAAGCGGCGCCUGCGUCACUUCCGGGUUAUCAUAAUUUUAAAUUACAGCGUUAUAAAUCAAGAUAUUUGAUAGAUAUAAUCAGUCUCUUAUCGGAAGUUGGCCACAUUUUAGGAACUUUGAGUUCUAGACUUUCUAGAGGAUUCGUUCCGAUCCCAAACACACAUAUAAUCAAUGCAAGUGGUGAAUUUUAUGGAAAAUGUAAUAAUAAACAGUGGUUUCUACAGGAUAAAACACAGACAAACACAAAACAAACAACAUUUCCGAGUUCUCAGGCAGGACAUCUCUCGGGGGACGUUCGGAGCCGGCGCGCUGCGUCCGCCUCCGUUCCCUCAGACUGAGUUCGGGCCCCCAAGCAGGGUGGCUCGGAGCGCUUGCAGGAAGCUGCAGCCGGGGGUCGUCCGACGUGUCCUCGCAACCUCGGGUGAGGUGGGCGUCCUGCCUGGCGCGGUCGUUGGCGAGUUGGUCGGAGUGACCAAAAAGGCUUCUGCACCAAGACUCCAAAAACUUCUCAACUUCUCCCAACUUUUAUGGCCAAAGCGCACACCGAGGGCCUUAUUUUCCCAUUCUAGGAUUAUUUUGUGGUUUAAAACCAGUGGAAUCAAAUAUUAAUUAUUGGGUGUACGAUAACGAGACCAUUUUCCUCACCCCGCAUUGGUCCACCCUCGUCCUCUUUCAUAUCUGUAAUGAAUGUUUCAAAUGUUGUGUGGUGUGGAGAACAUUACUAUUUUCAUGUGACAUUUGUGGUGUGGGGUGGAACAUUUCAUCUGGUUCAGUUAACAACAUAUUCGCCGUUUCGACAUUCAGGUUUGCAGCAAUACCGUCACAAUACUCUUAACAUAUUGGUCGCCAGCCAAUCGCAGUGCUUCUAUCUGUCUAUUUGUCUGUCCGUCCGUCUAUUUAUUGUGUAAUGACACCACCACACCAAAGGAGGCAGUAACGCACAAGAAUGUCGUAAUUGUAUCUUGCCUACCGGAAGUCAAAGCAAAGGAACGGCAGUGUUUUGUCCGUCUUGUUUUUAACAUUCACAACUGUGUUUAUUCCUUAUUCCGUACGUAUUUCUGUCAUACCACCGACAUUUAUUUUUUAUUUUUUUGCAACACGAUAAUCAUGCGUCCACUCCUCUCUGCGCAUUUGUGAAGCUUCUUCGCUGGCCGCCGUCAACAGACGUCACCUACCGGCACUUCGCCAAGUGUCGCGUUGCCGUGCCUAUCGUGUGCAAAUGUGUCAAAUCGAAAUGCUGAGAGCGCUGCUGAAUCAGCGGCUGAGCGCGGCCGCCGAGGAAAUAUUUGUCGCGUUUGAAAAAACCAUCGCGGAGUACGAGGAGGAACUCAGCAGGACUAAAAAGGAAAACGAGCGACAGCGUCGACAACUGGACCAUUUCAAGCCUCAAGAUGUGUUACGCAGAGCAGACCCCCGUGAACAAUAUCUUCCCCCUAAGCAGCAGGAAUGGAGUUGCAGUGUCGAGCAGGAGGUGGCAGAGCCCCCGCUCAUUAAAGAAGAGGAGCAGCUUCAAGAGCUGGACGUCCCUGUGUUUUGUGUCAUUGUGAAGAGUGAAGAUGAUGAGGGCAAAGGUCAGAUGGAACAGAACAGAGGGGAGGAGCCUCCAGGCAGCAGCUCAAGUCAGCACGUGACAACAGAAGGUGAUCAAUGUGGAGGAUCACAAGCAGACAGCCUCCUUGCUCCACUAUCAGAUAGUGAUGACAUCAUGUCACACUCUCCAGACUCUGGUGAUGAUGAACACUCUAAAGGGGACACGACAUGUCACAAUGACAAUGAACACUGGCAAUGUUCUCAAUGUGACAAAACGUUUGGCCUCAAGAUCAAUCUGAAAAGACACAUGAUAAUUCACACGGGAGAAAAACCUUUCAGCUGCUCAGUCUGUGGCAAAAGAUUCACCCAGAAAGUCCACUUGACGUCACACGUGAAAAUACACACAGGAGAGAAACCUUUCAGUUGUUCGCAUUGUGGUAAAAGAUUUAAUCGCAAGACACACUUGACAUCACACACCAGGACACACACUGGAGAAAAGCCAUUUUCUUGCCCGGCCUGUAACAAAGGUUUUAUUGAUUACUCAGCAAUGAUUAAACAUUCAAGAAUACACACAGGAGAGAAACCCUAUUCCUGCUCCUUCUGUAGCAAAAGUUUUGGUGCGAGCUCAACAUUAGUGACACACCUGAGAACCCACACAGGCGUGAAACCUUUUUCUUGCUCACUCUGUGACAAAAGCUUCUAUGAUUGUUCCGGUUUGGCUCACCACAUGAAAACGCACACUGGAGAAAAACCUUAUUCCUGCUCGCUGUGCAGUAAAAGCUUCCGCGAAAAUUCUCUUUUGACCAGACACAUGAAAACACACACUAGUGAGAACGGGUUCAGUUGCAGUGUGUGUGAUCUAAAGUUCUCUUAUAAGUAUCAGCUUGACAAACACACGUGUGCUGGUGAGAAGAGCAGCACAACAUGAAGCUGCGGGACUUCAAGUAAACCUUGCAGAUAUGACGUAGUGUUCUCCCGCUACAGCGGGUACGGAAAGUAUUCAGACCCCCUUCAAUUUUUCACUCUUUGUUAUAUUGCAGCGAUUUGCUAAAAUCAUUGAAGUUCAUUUUUUCCCUCAUUAAUUAAUUUUAGUGCUCUUACGGUAACACCCUAAAAUGUCACAAGGUGUCGCCAAAGCCUUGACUACUAGUACAGUAACAAUUGGUGUCAAGGAAGUACGUUUAAGUGAUACACCUCAACUGUUGUAAGAUUUUUGUAUGUCGUGGAGGAGCUAAGUUUGGCCACAUGUGCAGUUGUACUUGCGGUGCAUUUUUUUCUAAAUCAAAUAAUCUAUUUAUUUUGAAGGUUAAUGUAAGAUGAGUUUGACAGUGUCAUUGUUGGAUCAUUGUUUGUGGUGUAUUUACAUUUAUAUUAUUAAUGUAGGCAAUUAUAAACAUUCUAAUGGGGGUAUAAAUUACUUCCGUGUUUUUUUUUUGGCAUUCCCUAUGGAUAAUGGAUAAUGAAAUGUAACGAGUAGAGUAGUCAGUAUUAGAAAGUAAUACAAUUCCCAUUCCACUCUUUAUCUUUAUAUUGAAUGACUUCCAUGGACAUAAACAUCACACAUGUAAAGUCAUGCAUCUUUGUGCUUUGUUUUUUUUUGUGUGUGUAUUCAUUUAACUUUUUAAGUUUAUUGUUUGCUGUAUCUGUAAAAUCAACUGGUCAUUGAAAAACAUAUUGCCAUAUAUCUGAUUGGAUGAAUAAACAUAUUUUGGGUGCGUGA